AUGAACACCAUGGUCCCCAGUCUCGCAGACGACAAAAUGUACGUGUCCCAUCACAACUCCAAAAUCCACUUUCUCGGUUCUCUUGACGUCGUCAAGAAGAAACGAAGAGCUGGGUUUCUCAGGGAAGGAAAUGUCAAGGAGUACGGAGUGUUGGCAUUUGUUGGGGCUGUUUGUUCCCUAUCUCCCAACUACGUUUAUCGCGCCAGCAAGGCGGGGAGCGCGAACUGA